UUCAGUUUCCCCAAGAGUCGAGAAGCGGCGACAAACGUGGGUGCUAACAAUGCGCUGCCACACAUGGCAGCCGUCAGGCGCCGACAGAAUCUGUUGAGUUCACUUCAUCACUGGUAAGUGCAGUUCUCCGGUGGCCCUCAUCGCACGCAUCUACGCCGACAAGAAAAGAAAAAAAAAUGCGACCAUUUUCAUUUCAACGGAAACGCCGCUUAGUCAUUGAAGACCCCCUACCACCCCCCUUGUACACGAUGGAGACCAAAGAAAGCUGUCGUUCCGGUUUGAAUGAGGUCGUGAUAGCGUCGUUUGCAAGGACACCUAUCGGCUCCUUUCGGAGUUCUCUGGCCUCCGUGCCAGUGGCGGAACUUGGUGCAAUCGCUAUAAAGGGAGCUGUCAAGAGAGCGGGCAUAUCGUGCGAGCGCGUGCAGGAAGUGUUCAUGGGCCACGUUCUCUCCGCUGGAGUCGGCAUGAAUCCGGCGAGGCAGGCAGCUCUGGGAGCAGGCCUUCUGGAGUCCGUGCCGUGCACGGCUAUCAACAAGGUCUGUGCUUCGGGCAUGAAGGCCAUCAUGCUCGCCGCCCAAAGCCUCAUGUGUGGCUCUCAGGAGGUUGUAGUGGCUGGAGGAAUGGAAAGCAUGUCCAAUGCCCCGUACUACAUGAGCCGAGGCGAAACACCGUACGGUGGAGUUCAGCUACAGGACGGUCUGUUGAUCGACGGCUUGACCGACGUCUACCAUAAGAUCCAUGUGGGAGCCUGUACCGAGCAUACCGCCAAGAAGUAUGCAGUUUCCAGGGAAGACCAGGAUGAGUUCGCCAUUGAAAGCUACAAGAGAAGCGCCAAGGCAGCGAAGGAUGGGGUGCUUGCUUCCGAGAUCGUUCCCGUUACCAUCCCUGGAAAGCAUGGCAAACCAGCCGUGGUGGUGACCGAGGACGAGGAAUACAAGCGCGCCGACUUCGAGAAGCUCAGAAAGAUUUCGCCAGCAUUCGACAAAGAAGCAGGCACAAUCACAGCGGCAAACGCAAGCACACUGAACGACGGAGCGGCAGCUUGUGUCCUCAUGACUCGCCAAGCGGCAGAAAGGCUUGGAGUGAAGCCAUUGGCACGAAUCGUUGGCUUCGCCGAUGCUGCUGUGGAACCGUUGCAUUUUUGCAUUUCCCCAGCAUACGCAAUGCCCAAGGCAUUGAAUCAAGCAGGCUUGAAAUUCGAAGACAUGUCCAUGAUCGAGAUAAACGAAGCCUUCAGUGCUGCAGUGCUUUGCAACAUGAAACAUCUCGGUCUGGACCACUCAAAGGUCAAUAUUCAUGGAGGCGGAGUUAGCCUGGGGCAUCCGCUUGGAAUGUCGGGAGCUCGAAUCACGGGAAGGCUCGCUCUUCAUCUCCAACCUUGGCAAUACGGCCUGGCCGGCAUCUGCAACGGAGGCGGCGGUGGUUCUGCCAUUCUCAUUGAAAAGCUCUAGGACAGCAGACAACAGGCCACGCCUGUGCCCAUGGACAGUCCUACAAUAAAAUUGCGCUACUCUGUGAAGCGUACGGCGAUGGCUUGUGUUUUUUUUUUUUUGCAACUGCAGCUGUUAUGUGGGCUCACGACUAUAUAGGCAGGCAGGAAGUUCGCAAAGCCAUUCCUCACUUUC